UUUUUUUUACUAUAUACACUCUGUUGUUGUUUUCCUUUAUUAGUAUUGUGUAUGGAAAAAAAUACGUAAAAUUUGUGGAUAUCAUAUUUGAAAUUUAAUUAUUGUAGUUUAAAAUUUAUAGAAAACAUUGAAAAUAUUCACCUAAUUAUGUUAUGGCUUCAAGUAGUAGUGACGAAAGUUCAAAAGCCCCUGAAAACUUUCAAGUUUCUAGCACCUCGAACGAUGAAGAUGAUGACGAAGUUGUAGAAUUGAAAGGCAAACCCUCAAAGAGAUUAAAAAGAAAAUUGAAAUCUGGUGUCGGAGGUUUGGAUAGUGCUACGGCACCAUCCAUAAAAUGUUUAAUAUGUUUUACACAGCAACAUAGAUUUCACUGCCGUGAUUGUGUUAAAUCCGGAUACAUAACACGCAAGGGUCUGCCCCAUGGCGAAUGUUUAUCGGAAAAACAACAGAAAUAUUUAAAUAUACAAGCAGGCCUGAAAAUCUUCAGCCAACGCUAUGAACGUUUGAUAAAAGAAAAGCGAUCGAGUGAGAAUCUUAUGUUUGAAAUCAAGCGUCAUCGAGAACAAGUGGAUUUAUUGCAACAGCUAAUUGUCGAGAAGAAAACCAAUUUGCAAACACUCACUGAACAACGCAACGAAUUGUGUAAAGCCAAUUCGGAUAAACGUAAAACGUUGCCAAAGUAUCCAAUUAAGGUUAAAGAACUGGAAGACUAUGUGUUGGAUCGCAUAGAGAAAAUAGGAAAAUUACGCGAACGUCAUUAUUCGCACUUAGACAAACUUAAAGAUGUUACCCGUCGCGGUAUUAGACAAUUGGUAGAAUAUAUAUUUCCCAUAUCGGAAAUUGUGCUCAAGGAUGAACGUCCUCCUAACAAACCAAAAUUGCCUACAUCCCUAUCAGAUGAUACAGAAACUAUAGCCGCUUUGGCCGAUGCUAAGAACACAUCGUAUAUACGUGGUAAAUGGAUUUUUCAUGGGAGUGGCAUAAGUGAGAUGCAAUAUCGUAUUGUGGCACCAUCAUUGCCGGCAAAUGGUGACUAUUCAGCGUACCUGGAUUGGUUGAAAGACAACAAAGACGAUGUGCCCAAGACGACAGCUAACGAAAUAGUGCCGAGUCGCGUUAAUGGCUUUCGUAUUGUGGGUGCUUUGACGUAUACAACACAAUUAUUGCAAUUGAUUUGUUAUUAUUUAAAUGUGAGAUUACCUUAUAAAGUAGUUUAUGGAGAUUUUUGUAAAAAAUUAAAUGAGGAACAAUUUUUACGCAAAGUAUCUAGGCUUAAUUCAAAUAUUAUGUAUUUAGCCUAUACACAACAGGUUAAAUUGCGCUCUCUCAAUGAGAAUCAUACAUUGGAAAAUAUGCUUAUUAUAUUGGAUCCAGAAAAGAGUGAUUUGGGACGUCAUGGUUUUCAAGAAGUGGCAAAUGCACCAUUAAUGAAAUCUGUAGAUUCACUACUUAUUGGCAUUGAAACGGCCACAGAAUCAGAAUCAGAAGAUGAAAAUUCCUUACGUUUGGAUUGGGAGUCAGUGCCCAGCUUACCAACCCAACAGGAACUUAUCAAUACAAAUUUAAUGCCCACAGCAACUGGGCCACAACAACAAUCCACCAUUGCCGAGGGACUAAUGACAUCGGCGGCCAAUCGUUUAACAUCUAUAUUGCGUUGGAUCAAAAAAUGAAAGGAUUCUUACUUGACUGUGAUGUUUUUUUUUUUAAAUUUAAAUCGAAAAACUGGUACCGAAACACAAUCAUUCAUAACUAUUUACAUAUGUACUAUAUUUAGUUUUGCUUAUAUCUUAUAUGUAUUUCAAAUAUUUACUUGGAUUUUUCCAAUUCUUUUUUUUUAAGAAACUUUUACAUAUUUUUUUUCAAAGAAUUUAUUAUUUUUGAAAUUCCACGCUUUAAAACAUGCAUAUUUAUUUAGUUAAUAUGGCAAUGCACUUCAUCUCAAUGACAUGACCAUUUAAAACAUUACUUAACUAGUAAAUGUAAUAUUUAUUUAAAACUUUACGAACUUAAUUUGUGUCAUGUCUGCAAUAAGAAAUAAAGUUGGAGAAAUUAAAAAAAAAAUAUAUGUGUAUGUACGUUUUAAAUGAUUUUAUUUUAUUAAAUAUUUUUUAUAAAGUCUAUUGUAUAACAAAUAAUUGCCACUUGCUUUCCCGUAAGGCGCUAUUCAAGUGUACAUAUUCUACAUACAUUAAAUAAUAUAAAAUUUGAUCUUAUUACAUAAAAAAUGAAGUGAACAUUGUAAUAUACAAAUAUAUAUAUAUAUAUAUAUACAAUGUUUCAUUUCUUUUUACGAAUUACAGUAGUUUUAAUAAAUAUGGUAUGCCAUUACAUUUUCUAUGCACUUUCACC